AUGAACUGGGAAAUGGUUGAUCGUUUUGGUAGCCGACUCGUCGACCUGCUCAGUCCCAACCUUCACGGGCUCGGACAGCGUCAAGUCGGCACGUUCCGCCCGGCCCGAGUUGGCCUCACCUUUCCGCGACGCACACAAACGUCGCUCGACAAGCCUGACUCUGGGCAAAUUAGCCGCCCAUCUUCAGCCGGUAUCAGGCGUUCCGACUAA